AGAGUAGCGGAACUCCACGAUCGUUUGUUCUCUCGCUCGAGCCUCGGAUUUUCGAACUUCAUCUUCUUCGACGUAUAAAAGUUAAGCCACAGAGCUAGCAUCGAAUCAGUUUCUAUUUGCUAUUUACACAGUGAAAGUCCUGAAAAUAUUCAAAGCUUCGCCAUGAAAUUCUUUAUUGCACUUUUCGCUAUGAUUGCAGCCGCUUCCGCAGCACCACAAUUCUUCGGCGGUGGACCAUCAUUUGGUGGAUCAGCCGCUAACGCUGGUGCUUCAUCGCAAACAUUUAACUCAGGUGGCGGUUACCCUGGUGGAUUCGGUGGUGGAUUCGGAGGAUCUGCUUCGAAUGCUGCUGCUAGCUCACAAUCCUUCAACCAAGGUGGUGGCUUCAGCCCAUAUGGCGGUGGAUUCGGAGCUUCAGGUUCAGCUGCUAAUGCUGCUGCUUCAUCACAAACCUUCAACCAAGGAGGCGGAUUCGGAGGAUUCCAUGGCUAAGCUUUAUAACUAAAUCUUACGUUUAGAAGAAUAUUAAAUUAAAACUAAACUGUGAAAAAAUCAUUGGCAGUUCAGCCAUCGAUAAAAAACAAUAAAAUUAUGUACAAAUCUA